UCAAAAAUGAACAAGGAUGUCAAAGUGGCAUGAUACUGAUCAUCAUCAUCAAGAGGUGCACACAUACCUACAUCAUGACAUUAUAUAUUAGAGGUAUCUGAUCCCUUUCUUUCCCCAUUGUUGACAAAGAGAUCAAUUCUGAGGGUGCAGCCAUGAGUAGAGGUGGGAGCUAUGGAGGUGGUCAGAGCUCUUUGGGCUAUCUGUUUGGUUCUGAUGAUCAACAAAACACUGCCCCUCCCUCUACUCCAGUGGUUUGCGAACCGCCAUAUGGAAUUGAUACCCACACAGAAAAGCCACCAAAACCUUCUCCUCCUCCUCCCAAGGAAGAAAAUGUCUCCAACAACUAUCGCAGAGCUGAAGGCCAGAACACAGGAAACUUCAUCACUGAUCGUCCAUCAACAAAGGUUAAAUCAGUUCCUGGUGGAGAUUCAUCUCUAGGGUACUUGUUCGGAGAUAAGUGAUGUUUCUUGGCCCCGAGUUUUCUACCUCUAAAAAUGUUUUAAGUACUGUGGUUUUGGGUUAUGUAUUAUAUAAAUAAGGGAUUCAGUUCUCAGAAGCUUGGAGUUGGAUAGGGUGUUCUAGUACUUGAUGUUUUGCUUGAUUCUCAUGUUAGAUGUGUAUAGGGAUAUGUCUGAAGAUGAUGCAAAUUUAGUUAGGGUUUUUUAAGGGUUUGCUAUGGUGACUUUGCUUUCACUGUGUGGUUAUUCCAAAAUAAGAAAAGGGCUUCAAUGUGUGUGAAUAUUUAA